AUGGCGUUUACUUUGCCCCCUCUCCCAUAUGCGUAUGACGCGCUUGCUCCCCAUAUCAGCGCGGACACACUUCAGUUUCACCAUGGCAAGCACCAUGCGGGCUACGUCGCUAAGUUGAACGGCUUCAUUGAAGGAACCGCUUUUGCGGGAAAGACUCUCGAAGAGGUGGUCCGCUCGUCUACUGGAGCAAUUUUUAAUAAUGCAGCUCAAGUGUGGAACCACACUUUCUACUUCAACAGCAUGAAGCCGCCAACAGCAGGUGGUGGUGGAAAGCCAACUGGGAGACUUCUGGACGAGAUAAACAAGGAAUUCACGUCUGUUGAGAAGUUCAAGGAAGAGUUUUCGAAGGUUGCCGCUGGCCACUUUGGCUCAGGAUGGGCAUGGCUUGUCUGGGACAAACAGGGCAAGAAAGUUGGCAUUGAGCAGACGCAUGAUGCGUGCACGCCGAUAACGGAGCAGAUGAAGGUGCCGCUUCUUUGCUGUGAUGUUUGGGAGCAUGCCUACUAUCUGGACAGAAAGAACGACAGACCAGCGUACAUCAAAGCAUGGUGGGAGGUUGUUAACUGGGACUUCGCCAGCAAGAACUUGGAGGAAGCCUUGAAAUAA